AUGUUCUCGAACAUCGAGAGGAAUACGCGGACGGAGUUUGGGAAUGCAAUGAUAUCGGAUGUAAGGAUUGAUAAGUCGGCGAAGCAGAAUAAGAUGGAGAGCUUUUGGAUGGCGGAGACGCUGAAGUAUUUCUAUUUGAUUUUUAGCGAGCCGAGUGUUGUUAGUCUGGAUGAGUAUGUGCUGAAUACUGAAGCUCACCCCUUCAGACGACCCAAGCCCGGCGUAGAUGACGGUCCGCGCUAUGGCUGA